AUGGCAUGUGCAUGCCCCUUGAGAGUGCCUGCUGGUGUGCUGCAGCCUGCUGGUGUGCUGCAGCCUGCUGGUGUGCUGCAGCCUGCUGUUGUGCUGCAGCCUGCUGGUGUGCUGCAGCCUGCUGGUGUGCUGCAGCCUGCUGUUGUGCUGCAGCCUGCUGGUGUGCUGCAGCCUGCUGGUGUGCUGCAGCCUGCUGUUGUGCUGCAGCUUGCUGGUGUGCUGCAGCCUGCUGGUGUGCUGCAGCCUGCUGGUGUGCUGCAGCCUGCUGGUGUGCUGCAGCCUGCUGUUGUGCUGCAGCCUGCUGGUGUGCUGCAGCCUGCUGUUGUGCUGCAGCCUGCUGGUGUGCUGCAGCCUGCUGGUGUGCUGCAGCCUGCUGUUGUGCUGCAGCCUGCUGGUGUGCUGCAGCCUGCUGUUGUGCUGCAGCCUGCUGGUGUGCUGCAGCCUGCUGGUGUGCUGCAGCCUGCUGUUGUGCUGCAGCCUGCUGGUGUGCUGCAGCCUGCUGUUGUGCUGCAGCCUGCUGGUGUGCUGCAGCCUGCUGUUGUGCUGCAGCCUGAUGUUGCACCUGAGAUAAAAUUGCUGCGAGGGAGGGAUCUUGAAGAGAGGGCCCACGUCCCUGCAUUGCACACUGCACUGCACCAGCCGAUGCCAUGCUGGAUACUACAGUAG